AUGAGAGGGGCCAGCAGCAGCAGAGGUAGGAUGCUGAUGACGUUCAUGGCACCGAUGGGCAGGAGGAAGCAGUUCAGGUGCAGGUUAGAGUUCAUGGUCUGAAUGUAGUAACCUGAUGGAAUCUGUGGGAGAGGUCAGGGUAACAACAUAUUCUAGGACAACUUCAUGGAGCAUAAAUAAACAUGAUAGAUUUGCCUGUUUUAUCUCCUUUGAAGCAUGUCAGUGUAGAGCCCUGAUGUUCUCCAUUACAUUGACCUGCCUGAGUGAUGCAGGCUCGGUACAGUAUCUGCAAGAGGUACAGGGGGAAGAGCCUGGCCAGGACCUUGACGUUCUCCAUGUGCGUCUCACUGUAGCGCCCCCCGUUGUUCUCCUUGAUGCGGACCUGAAGAUGAGGUUGAGGAUGUGUUACCUUUCUUGGAGCUGAAGAUGAGGUUGAGGUUGUGUUACCUUUCUUGGAGCUGAAGAUGAGGUUGUUUUGGACCAUACAGUCACUAGCCAGGUUGUUGGCUACUGACUGCUGGAUGUAGGUGAUACCCAGAAACACUACCGUCCACUUCAGGUUCACCAGCCAGUAGAACCUGAGAGGACAACAUAUCAAACAGGGUUGAGGGGAAACUUUUUGGAAUUAAAUGCAGGACCUGUGAUCUCCACAUGAAUCUAGGUAGCCAUAACCAAAUCAGCUAGUCACUGAGAGACUAUAUAUCAAUACAGAGAUGGGCAAAAUAUACUGUACAUCAAAAAUGGAUCUUGUUAAAAAUACAAGAUACUCUAAAGACUAAUGUAUCAAACUAAAAUACAAAAUACUUUUGUAGUUGUAUGUAGAUAAAAUACUAAUACAUACAGGUAAAUACAUUUGCUAGUACACACCUUCACUACAACAACAUUCUCAGUGACGGAAGAAAACAGCUUUUAACUUUCUAUGACUGUGAUAUGAGAUUGUUCAUCUACCUUAGUUGUAUGUACUGAUGGUAAGUCUCUGGAUAUACUGUGAUAUGAGAUUGUUCAUCUAAAUUAGUUGAAUGUACUGAUGGUAAGUCUCUCUGGAUAUGAGUCUCUGCUAAAUGACUAAAAUGUAAAUGUAAAAAUGAACAAUUGCAAAGCACACUGGGUAUUAUUAUUGGCCUUCUUUCAGGUGCAGAGCUCAUUAUUUUAAUACCCAGCAUGCUUUUCAAGUGUUCUUUUUUUCAUGUAUAUUUAGUUCAUUUAGCAGAAGCUCUUAUCACACCAUAGUGCUAUUAGACUUCUGAUACUAAUGCAGGGUGAAAGCAGGGGCCACAAGAGGUGAACCGCUAUAAAAAAUGGUAUAGAAAAGUAUUUAGUUUUUUGAAAAUACAUUGGAGUGUAGUUCAGCCCAGCAUAAUUCAAAUGACUAAAUACUCAGAAGUAAUUAAAAUAUGUAUUUCAAAUACAUGUAACAUAAAUACUAAUUAUUUCUGCCUACUACCCAACACUCAGUCACACUUCCUUAUCAAAGAAACCACACCCCCUCUACAUACAGAGUACACAGUCAAGUAGGAAGCCCCUCCCUGUCCUCUGGUGUAGAGUUCCAUGAAACAGAAAGUAAUCUUUGACACUGCCAUUGCUUAACCUACGGGAGAGAGCACCAAAAUGGCAGAGAAUCAGGAACUGUUCUGUUGCUCCAUCUGUCUGGAUCCACUGAAGGAUCCGGUGACUACUGCCUGUGGACACAGCUACUGUAUGAGCUGUAUUAAAGAAAGCUGGGAUCAGGAUGAUCUGAAAGGUGUCUACAGCUGUCCCCAGCGCAGACAGACCUUUACCCCAAGGCCUAAUCUGAACAGGAGCACUGUGUUGGCUGAAGUGGUGGAGAAACUGAAGAAGACAGGACUCCAGGCUGCUCCCCCUCCUGCUCUGUGCUAUGCUGGACCUGGAGAUGUGGCGUGUGAUUUCUGCACUGGGACCAGAAAGCAGAAAGCCCUCAUGUCCUGUCUGGUGUGUCUGGCCUCUUACUGUGAGACUCACCUCCAACCUCACUAUGAAUCUCCUGCUUUCAAGAAGCACAAGCUGGUCAAAGCCACCGCACAACUACAGGAGAAGAUCUGUUCUCAUCAUGACAAACCGUUGGAGGUUUUCUGCUGUACCUAUCAGCAGUGUAUCCAGGGCCGUGCACAGACCUUUCAGAAGCAUGUGCUCAAAAUGAAAAUAGGGCAACCCCCCUUAAGAAAAAUACAUUCAUAAUUCAUAUCUGGAAAUUCAUAACAAACAAAAUACAUCUGGAGGAAACAUUUGACAAGAGGGUGAGCUAUUAGCUGAUCAUUGAUGUUGAUUGUAGUAACUUUACAAGGAUUAUCCACACGCCUUUCAAUUCAACAUGAGGUAGUGUCCCGUUAAUGCCGUGCCAACUCUAGGAUGAUGACAUCACAGGAGGGUAAAGGUCACGGUCAACAUCAAUGUCCAUAAUAACCAUGCUCCAAUGUAAGGUAAUAAUACUAUACUGCAGUUAAGUACAAAACCUAUUCAGUAGGAAUUGUUUAUAUAGUGUCCACACUAUAACACUGUUCAAUGACUAUCUCUAGACCUCUUUCCCAGUGAAAUGUGCUUGAAAUCAAAUAACCUUUGCCUUUCUCAAUAACAUAGUUUCCAGUCUCUCUGUGUUCCUCCUGGAUCUGAGGCCAUACCCAGCAUCAUUAUCACAUUGAAGCAUGUGACGAAAUGUGUCAAUGAACUGAAAGAGCAACUACCAAACAUCUACAAGGAGGAAAUUGACAGGAUAUCCAGAAAAUAUGUUUUUUAAUCAGAUAUUAUUAUUAUUAUUGUAUUGUUGUUGUUGUUGUUUUGUGUGUGUGUGUGUGUGUGUGUGGGGUGGGGUAGAUCAGCUUUAAUAUUGCAGAUAUAUUGUGGCUUCUAUCUGUGUAAUUGUCUGCAUCAUUUCCAAUCCCCCAUAUAAAUUGUGUGUUGAUCAUGUUGAAUGCUUAGCUUAUACUUUAACUAUUACAUUUACAUUUGAGUCAUUUCGCUCUUAUCCAGAGCGACUUACAGUUAGUGAGUGCAUACAUGAUUAUUAUUAUAAUUUUUUCAUACUGGCCCCCUGUGGGAACUAUAAUAUUUUAUCUUGGAUUUAGUUGUAAUUCAAGAUUUGACUUCUAAGUAAGUUAAAUGCUGAGCAUCAAUGUUAUAAAGCCUCUUCAUUUCAUCCCCACAGAAAACAAUUUCCCUCCCCUGCCUGGCUUCAUCCGUCUGAAGCCAUGUUUCUAUCAGGACUUCAACGAGAUCCCAGAUGUACACCGCUCCAUGUGCAAGAAGCUCUACUACCUAUGGAUCUGUGAGUGUGUGUUGCAUCCCAAAUGGCACCCUAUUCCCUAUUUAGUGCACUACUUUUGACCAGGGCCCAUAGGAUUCUGGUCAAAAGUAGUGCACUACAUAGGGAAUAGGGUGCCAUUUGGAAGACACCCUGUGGUUAGAGACUGAGUCAUCUGUGUCGGUUUUCCAGACGCAGAUUAAGCAAGCCUUUAUACACCAUUUUCCAUUGAGAAUGCUUUUUUAGUCCAGAACUUAGCUUCAUCUGGGUCUAGUCAUCAAGUAUUAGAGCUAAUAUUCUACGAGAGUUGGCGGUACUCAAGCAGUAGAAGAUUAGAGAUGCAGGUGCCGUACCGGGCAGCACCGGCCCAUUUAACAAAGUCCUUUACUACUGUUUGGCCCUCUCUUUUCAGAUUACUUUUUAACGUCUCACAAAACAAUAUGGGAAACAAACACAGGUAUAGCAGGACGGUUAGUGUAGCUGGUUUGCAGCUCUUUAAUAAGACUUUCAGGCAUCCAGCCAAGAAUUGUUACUUGACAUGUUUUUUUCAUCACAAUCAACAUUCCGCUAGUUAAUAGCCUCCCAUCUCUAUACCGUUGGCUUGACAACAAGAGAUGAAAGUGUAGCUAAUAGUUCAAUGGUUUAACUUUAUACAUGGAUGAUUGCAUAACUUUCAUUCUCAUUUGCAUUUAUUUUGCAUUAUCACUCAGGUUGGGGAUUGUAAAAGUAAGUCCUGUGAAAUAUAUGUUAUAAAUAAUCCCAAUAGGUAAUCAUUAGUUUGUGCCUCUUAGCCUAGUAGUCACUGUAAUGAGUGAUGAAUAGAUAGCAAUACAGAACAUACACAUGCCAUAGCAAUCACACGUACCCUAUACUCUUUAUAGUGUAGUAUUUGUAUUUGGGACGCGGAACAUAACUUGGUUGUAGUGAUCUCUUCCCUAUACCUCAGAUGCUAAAUCAUAAAGCUACUUUUACUGCCUCUGCAGACUCUCAUACAAAUCUGAAGCAACCAAUUAAACUUUACUUUGCUAGAUGAAUCAUCCAAUAACAGACUGUGCUGUUGUACUGUAAUUAGAUAAGGUCCCCGUCCCAGACAAUGUAAUUGUACUGACAUGAAAUGGGGAAAAAAGUAACACAAUGAUCCUGUUUGUUAGGCACCAAACUGAUGAAAACAGACUGAAACUACCUUUUUACAUGUUUUAUUUUAUUUAACUAGGCAAGUCAGUUAAGAACAAAUUCUUAUUUACAAUGACGGUCUACCCCAGCCAAACCCGGACAGCGCUGGGCCAAUUGUGCGCCGCCCUAUGGGACUCCCAAUCACGGCCGGUUGUGAUACAGCCUGGAAUCAAACCAGGGGGUCUGUAGUGAAGCCUCAAGCACUGAGAUGCAGUGCCUUAGACCGCUGUGCCACUCGUGACUUGUCCAAUAAGACACACUCAUUUUCCAUUUCCGUUGCAUGCCCUAAUGAACACCAGGCGUCAUUGUAAAUAUUAAUUUGUUUUUAAUUGACCUGCCUGGUUAAAUAAAUUACAUUUAAAAAACACGACCAAUGCUACUGCAUUCCAAAUAAUGCAAGGUCCACCAUUAAUAUAGUUAUUUGACCUUUUUUCCAUCUGUGAUCAUUACAGUGAACAGUGCCACCUUGGCGGUCAAUCUGAUUGGCUGCCUGGCGUGGAUGUGCGGCAGGGGCGGAGCAACUAACUUUGGCAUGGCCAUUCUGUGGCUCAUCCUGUUCACCCCCUGCUCCUACGUGUGCUGGUUCAGACCCAUCUACAAGGCCUUAAAGUAAGUACAUCCUUCUUCUGCCACCUGGGGUGCAUUCAGUACGGUUUAACAUUUGCCAACGUUUGGUCGUUCAGCACAGUACCGUUUCUGUUGAAUUAAACGUUGAACACCGUUUGUUACAUUAGAUUUAUAUGCAUGAGGCAGAGAGACGUGAGUCAAGUUACAGUAAACACUUUCUUCAGGCUAUUUCCCCCCAGAUAUACAGUAGUCACAGGAGGUUGGUGGCACCUUAAUUGGGGAGAACGGGCUUGUGGUAAUGACUGGAGCGGAAUCAGUUGAAUGGUAUCAAAUACAUCAAACACUUGUUUCCAGGUGGUUGAUACCAUUCCAUUUGCUCCGUUCCGGCCAUUAUUAUGAGCCGCUCUCCCCUCAGCAGCCUCCACGAAGUAGGUUCAAUCCUGGAUUUCUGACUAGAUUUACUUCUCUCCCCCCCCUGUAGGACUGACAGCUCGUUCAACUUCAUGGCGUUCUUCUUCGUGUUCAUGGCCCAGGUGGUUAUCAGCAUCAUCCAGUGUAUAGGGAUCCCAGGCUGGGGGGUCUGGUAAGGAUGGAGCCUGGGUCUCCCCUCUGAGUCUGGAUCCGCUCAAAGUUUCUUCCUUCUAGGGAAGGGUUCUUCCAUAGUUGCCUUGCCACUUCUCCUUGCUCUUUGGGGUUCUAGGCCGGGUUACUGUAAAACACUUUGUGACAACUGUUGAUGUAAAAAAGGGCUAUUCAAUUUGAUUGAUUGAUUGAUUGACCAGAUUUUCGGCCAUAGCCUUACAGUUGACGGCGUUGUUAUCAUUAUGAAACCCCGCCUUAGAACAGGCGUCGACUUCCUGUCAACUUGUUUUGGUUUUCUUCUUCUUCCUUCCUCCAGCGGCUGGCUGGCGACCAUCACCUUCUUUAGCACCAAUAUAGGCUCUGCUGUAGUCAUGCUGAUCCCCACCAUCAUGUUCACUGCCAUGGCUGUCCUCUCCUUCAUCGGGCUCACCAAGGUACCAUAGUACUAUAUACAUUGACAAUUUGUGUGUGUUUGUGUUUGUGUGUGUGUGUGUUUGUGUGCGUCUUUGUGUGCUACAUACACUUCCACUUCGGCACUGUCUAGUACUAGGGCUGUUACGGUGACCGUGUUACAGCCACACCGGCAGUCACGAGUCAUGAAGGCAGUCAAAUUGCACGUUACCGUUUAGUCACGGUUAUUAGGCUUCUCCGAGGUCUGAUGCUGCUGAUGGUCAUUAGUAGCCUACCAAACUUGCUAACUGCCUGGUACUCAGCACUCUAUUGUACCUAAUCACUCUGACUUCAAUGCUAAUGUAAUCAAAAAUCUAAUCAAACACUUCAUGAGAGUCCAUGAGCUCAUGUUGCGCAACAUUUCAACAGGCUAUGCAAUUGCGCGAGAAAACAGAGUGAUGGCCUCUACUAAAAAUAGGAGGAUCAGCUUUCUAUAGGCAAGGCCUACUAUAUUUAUUUCUCAACCUUCCUAAUAUUAAGCACAUUGCUUCUCUUUAAAACAGGAGUAUAGCCUACCUGGUUGGCAUGAAAAUAAACCACGGGGAAAAGCGUCCUCCAAAUGUAAAUGCAUAGAUGACAUGUAUUUUUUCCCACUGCCCCUGUUUCUAUACAGGUGCAUGAUAAUGGUCCAUUCUAAAUCAAAACAAAUUUCAGACAUACAGUACCAGUCAAAAGUUUGGACACACCUACUCAUUCAAGGGUUUUUCUUUAUUUUUUACAAUUUUCUACAUUGUAUGAAAUAUGAAAUAACACAUAUGGAAUCAUGUAGUUACCAAAAAAGUAUUAAACCAAUCAAAAUAUAUUUUAGAUUUUAGAUUCUUCAGAGUAGCCACCCUUUGCCUUUAUGACAGCUUUGCUCACUCUUGGCAUCAAAAACCAUCAAGCGCUAUGAUGAAACUGGCUCUCAUGAGGACCGCCACAGGAAAGGAAGACCCAGAGUAAACUCUGCUGCAGAGGGUGAGUUCAUUAGAGUUACCAGCCUCAGAAGAAACCACUACUAAAGGACACCAAUAAGAAGAAGAGACUUGCUUGGGCCAAGAAACACGAGCAAUGGACAUUAGACCGGUGGAAAUCUGUCCUUUGGUCUGCUGAGUCCAAAUUUGAGGUUUUUGUGCCUUUUGAGACGCAGAGUAGGUGAACGGAUGAUCUCUGCAUGUGUGGUUCCCACCAUGAAGUAUGGAGGAGGAGGUGUGAUGGUGUUGGGGUGCUUUGCUGGUGACACUGUCUGUGAUUUAUUUAGAAUUAAAGGCACACUUAACCAGCAUGGCUACCACAGCAUUCUGCAGUGAUACGCCAUCCCAUCUGGUUUGCGCUUAGUGGGACUAUCAUUUGUUUUUCAACAGGACAAUGACCCAACACACCUCCAGGCUGUGUAAGGGCUAUUUUACCAAGAAGGAGAGUGAUGGAGUGCUGCAUCAGAUGACCUGGCCUCCAUAAUCACCCGACCUCAACCCAAUUGAGAUGGUUUGGGAUGAGUUGGACCGCAGAGUGAAGGAAAAGCAGCCAACAAGGAAAAGGGUGGCUACUUUGAAGAAUCUAAAAUCUAAAAUAUAUUUUGAUUUGUUUAACACUUUUUGGGUUGCUACAUUAUUCAAUAUGUGUUAUUACAUAGUGUCGUAUCGAGUAAAUGCUGGCAAUUAUUGCUGAUAAACAAAGGAGUCCGCUCAUACUGAACCUUUGAUCAUAAGUUUAUUCAUAUCACAAGAUUCCAGCAUAAGUGACGGAUGUCAUGACACCCGGAGAGCGACGUCCCAGAUUGCAAUGGUCGCUCUAACCUCUUCUUUGUUUUUCCCCCAGUAUAUAUAAUCUCCCCGAGAUGUGGGUGGCUCCCUCUACUGUCCAAUCCCCUGUCUACAACACACUUCCUGUCUGUUGUAUGUGGCGUUACACUAAAACAUUCCCUCUUGAUACUAAAAUAAACGUCCUCUCCGGUUCCACUUAAAACAUUAACAACGUCAUAAUCUUCAUAUACGACAAUAGUUUUGAUGUCUUCACUAUUAUUCUACAAUGUAAAAAAUAGUAAAAACAAAGAAAAACCCUUGAAUGAGUAGGUGUGUCCAAACUUUUGACUGGUACUGUAUAUUAUUUAGUAUAUGUAAAGACAAGAUUAAAUCAAGAAUAGUCUGAUGGGUGACAAUAUUAGCCUAUCACUUGUGAAUGAUGCCCAGCAUAAGAAACUGCCUUUUUUUGCAACUUUUUCGAAUCGUAGUUGCACACCUCAUGUAGCCUAGCCCAUAGGCCUAUAUGUUUUGAUAAGGUUUGUUUCACAACUAAAGUGGCCAAAUAACUUCUUAAAAUUAAGCACAUUCAUCCGCUUUACAAGGGGUUUAGAGCCUAACUGGCAUACAUAAGCAGCGCGUGAGUUUCAAGUUUGGGAAGAUCAUUUUCACCAUAAAAAUGCACCUUUAUAAUAAAAGCAUUACAUGCAUAAUUGCAUUUGCGGUCACUUUUGAUAGUGUUUUCCCGCUAAUGGAACAGUCGCGCUUAUAGCCUACUGCCAUGUGCGCAUUGCUGUGCUUAUAAUGUGAAGAAAUAGCCGAAUAGUUUAUCAACAUUUUAAGCUAAACGUUCUCAUCUGUUGCGUCAGGCUCAUUGCUUAAAACAGGUUUUUUGAUGCUAGUGGUUGUAUUAAUUUGGGAUCUAUCGCAUCCCACAACUGUCCCAGACUAUGAUUGGAAUAUUUAUUUCUCGCACAGAAUAGAAUAGGUCAACUUUUGUACUAUGGGGGAUAGUAGAUUGAAAUAGGCUAGUGCUUUGCUGUUCGUUAGGCCUACUCAUCUUGUUGGUUGACGAAAAGUAAAUGUGGACAGUUCUUCCAGUAUCUUCAAUAUGCACCUCGGAAUUGGAUAAGGACGCGCGCAGUUGCGUCCCUGAUGUGUCUGUCUUCACUUGUAGCCUGUGAGAAAGACCCGAUCACGUGAUGGAGCGCGCAGCACUCAGGGAGAAGUGCACAACCACCACUGGCCGCAAAAGGCAUGGAUAUGGCCACACAAAGGGGAUGCCGCUGUGAAAUUCUAGGCAUUAUCAAGUGCUUGUCAAAUUGUGAAUGAGAGACUGAUGAAGUGUUUGCAGCCUACGCAAAAAACUAAGCAGAGCUCAUGCCUUUCAAGCAACUUUUUUCAAAUCAACAUUUGAGUCUCAUCAUGCAGCCUUACAAUGUAUUAAAAAUCAAAACAUAUAGCCCAACGUUUGUAGAACAACUAAAGUUACAUUAAUAACUCUAAAUUAAGCAUAUAGGAGUACCUAUUGUCAGGUGCGAGCGUGGAUGCAGAGUUUGGUUUACUGGAACCAUGUCGUUCAAAAAGUUAUACUUUUGAAUCAUCUGUCCAUAGAACAUUCUUCCAAGAGUCUUGAUGAUCAUCCAGGUGCUUUUUGGCAAACUUGAGUCAACUUUUUGGACGAGAUGGGUCCCAUUAUAACUGGCAAAAACCAAACACUGCAUUCCACAGUAAGAACAUCAUACCAAAGGUCAAGCAUGGUGGUGGUGGUGUGAUGGUUUGGGGAUGCUUUGCUGCCUCAGGACCUGGACGACUUGCCUUAAUAGAAGGAACCAUGAAUUCUGCUCUGUAUCAGAGAAUUCUACAGGAGAAUGUCAGACCAUCCGUCUGUGAGCUGAAGCUGAAGCGCAGCUGGGUCAUGCAGCAAGACAAUGAUCCAAAACACACAAUCAAGUCUACAUGAAAAUAGCUAAAAAGCAACAAAUUGGAAGUUUUGGAAUGGCCAAGUCAAAGUCCAGACCUAAUCCCAAAUGAGAUGUUGUGGCAGGACUUGAAACGAGCAGUUCAUGCUUGAAAACCCACACGUCACUGAGUUAAAGCAGUUCUGCAUGGAAGAGUGGGCCAAAAUUCCUCCACAGCGACGUGAGAGACUGAUCAACAACUACAGGAAGCAUUUGGUUGGAGUCAUUGCAGCUAAAGGUGGCACAACCAGUUAUUGAGUGUAAGGGAGCAAUUACUUUUUCACACAGGGGCAUUGGGUGUUGCAUAACUUUGUUUAUGAAAUAAAUAUGUAAUUGUUGUGUUAUUUGUUCACUUAUGUUCCCUUUAUCUAAUAUUAGGUUUUGGUUGAAGAUCUGAUAACAUUCAGUAUCACAAAUAUGCAAAAGUAGAGAAAAUUAGAAAGGGGGCAAAUACCUUUUUCACAGCACUGUAUCUCUCUAACACCAUCUCAAUCGCUCCCUGACUCUCUCCAGGAAGCACAACAUGUACCGUGGUACGGGAGCAGUAUUCUAUAAAUCUCUCUCUCACACCAUCUCUCAAUCUGUCUCUCUCUUCAGGUGGAACAACGUAACACCAGGGACAACAUGAGCAAAGACAGGACUCUUUCUUAUGUCCUCUGAAUGAGCUGCAGUAGCAUAACUCACUCUUAACACCGUCUCCCUGACUCUCUCCAGGUGCACAACAUGUACUGUGGCACUGGGGGCAGUAUGAGUAAAGCCCAGGAGGAGUGGACCACCGGGGCCUGGAAGAACCCUCACAUCCAGCAGGCAGCGCAGCAGGCCGCUGUAGGGGUGGCGCAGGGAGCCAUGCAGCAGCAGCAACAGCCCCAGUACUCACAGGCACCCACCUACAACUACGACGACCCGGGCAUGUAGGGCAGGGUGGAGGUGAGGGUAGGAGACAGGGGGGGAGGUGAGGGUGGGAGACAGGGGGGAGUGUGGGGGUGGGGUGAGUCUGCUCUCUAGUCAACUGCUUAUGGAAUUGUCAGUUGGCAUGAGAGCAGGAACAGAGUCACCCAGGCUAGGUGAGGGAGACACCCAGGCUAGGUGAGGGAGAGACCCAGGCUAGGUGAGGGAAUCACCCAGGCUAGGUGAGGGAGUCACCCAGGCUAGGUGAGGGAGUCACCCAGGCUAGGUGAGGGAGUCACCCAGGCUAGGUGAGGGAGUCACCCAGGCUAAGUGAGGCAGUCACCCAGGCUAGGUGAGGGAGACACCCAGGCUAGGUGAGGGAAUCACCCAGGCUAGGUGAGGGAGUCACCCAGGCUAGGUGAGGGACUCACCCAGGCUAGGUGAGGGAGUCACCCAGGCUAAGUGAGGCAGUCACCCAGGCUAGGUGAGGGAGUCACCCAGGCUAAGUGAGGGAGUCACCCAGGCUAGGUGAGGGAGUCACCCAGGCUAGGUGAGGGACAGACUGGACAGAUGAAAAGGGAUGAUCAUCAAAUGAGAACCACAAUUCACAAUUACGGUGCCAUUCAGAUGAUUCUUAGAUAAAAAUAAAAAAGAUAUAAAUGAAAAUGUGUCAUACUGUUUUGAUUUUGCUUCAAAGGUUUUCCUAA